CUCGACUCCUUCUCUCGGUAUCGCAUACCCGAGGCAAACAACUAAUUACCUUAAUUACUAUUCGUUCUGGGUUCUACUUUUCUUCAAUCACCCGAAGCCCUCAUGUCUCCCUCAGAAACACUCACCUUUAAUAAUAGCCGAGGAGGCAGCACAGAAGUGCUGCCGAUGCCACUGAACGAGUAUGCAGUCACAUCAAACGGCUUUCUACCAGAGGAGCCGCCCCUCAGGAAACUCCCAAACCCCUACUACGGCCCCUGGGAGUUGCUGGUCGAGUCUCUCCCAAACGCAUUGGCAAGCAGGACGCUGCGAGACCAAGUCCACCAGCUCCCCAUCCUUUCGACAGACCGCCUCACCGCGGAACCCGAAUGGCGCCGAGCCUGCGUCAUCCUAGGCUUCCUCGCGCACGCCUAUAUCUGGGGCGGUGACACUGCCGCUGAGACCCUACCGCCCCAGAUAACUCUGCCCUUCCUCGCCGUCACGACCCACCUCGGCACUCCUCCCGUGGCGACCUUCGCCUCUCUUAGCCUCUGGAACUUUGAGAUCGCCUCCACCAGCACCAACACCGCCAGCACCCCCAGCAACACAACCCCCUCCACUUCUGUUCCGGACCGCGACCUGGAUCUAACGGACCCGGACGCGCUCCGCGCCCUGCACACCUUCACCGGCACGGCGGACGAGUCGUGGUUCUACAUGGUCUCGGUCGCCAUGGAGGCGGAGGGGGCGCGCCUGCUUCCCGUCCUCCUGCGCGCGAUGCACGCCCUGUUCGCGGCCCGAGACCAAGAUGUUCCCCCCGCCACCACCACCGCCGCCGCCGCCGCCGCCGUGGCGUCGCGGGCGCUGGGCGAGACGACGGCGUGCAUCGGGCGGCUGGGCCGCCUGCUGGACCGCAUGGACGAGCGGUGCCGGCCGGACGUCUUCUACCACCAGAUCCGGCCGUUCCUGGCGGGGAGCAAGAACAUGGAGGCCGCAGGCCUGCCGAGGGGCGUGUUCUACGCCGAAUCGGCGGAGGGCGAAGGCGAGGCAGAGGGAAAGGCCAACGGGAAGGGCGAGUGGCGGCAGCUGAGGGGGGGCAGCAACGGGCAGAGCUCGCUGGUGCAGUUCCUUGAUAUCGCGCUGGGGGUGGAACAUAUCGCAAUGGGCAGCAGCAACAGUAGCAGCGGCGGCGGCGGCAGCAGCAGUAAUAGUAUUAAUUCGGACCCGAAGGAGGGAGGUGGAGGUCAGGGAGGGAAGCCAGCCGUCGGCUUCCACGAGGAAGUGAGGGGGUACAUGCCGGAGCCACAUCGCAGGUUUCUCGAGGACGUGGCGGCCAGGUACCCCGGGGGCCUGAGGAAGGGAGUGGAAGAGUUGCUGGCGGCGGGCGGAGAGGGAAAGGGAGGGCUCGGUCCGGAACUGACAGAGGUGCGGGAAGCGUUUCAGACGGCGACGAGGGCGUUGGCCGAGUUCAGGAAUAAGCAUCUGCAGAUGGUGACGCGGUACAUCAUCAUCCCAUCGCGCCAGCAAAACACGAGACGGGAAGUCAACCUGGCAACGGCGUCGUCGAAGCUGCGGGCUUCCUCCUCCGCCGAGGCGAAGGAGACAGUGCCGGCAGGCGGAGGAGAGCUGACGGGUACCGGAGGAACGGCGUUGAUGCCAUUUCUGAAACAGACCAGAGACGAGACCUUCCAGGCUGGGCGCCUAGAAUACCGAUGAGAAUAUAGGGAGAGUUGCUCCGCGGGUGGCGCGUAGCUGCAAGGGCCUUUGGGUACCUAGCGUAAUUAAUUAUCUCCUGUAUGACCUUGAGUAAGCUCGGAGUCAAGGGAUUAGAUAAGAGGACUAGGAGUAUCUGUAGCCUGUUAAUGAAUGGAUGUUCAUGCUGCAGCUGUGGUCGCCGAUGGGUUCUUGCAAACGAAUCUCACUUAACUAACACACCCGAGAAGGAAGAA